UAUAUAGAUAGAUAGAUAGACAAAGCUCUAUCAGAACCUGGCUCUCUCAGCUUAGCUCUUGUUGCUGUCUUCUUUGAUUCCACAAAAUGGCCCUUUUAAUUUCAUUCUUAAUUGGGAUACAGCUGUUUUACGCAGUGGUUUCCGUUCCUUUUCCUCUCUCCCUUUCCACAUCAUGCAACUCUUUGGGGGUAAGGAUUGCUGCAGAAGUGGCCCUCAACAAGGUCAAUGAAAAUCGGAAAGAAGGUUACGUUCUUGGUCUCCAGCGCAUUUUUGAUGUCCUAGAAGCUAUUCAGGGUGAUGAGUCUGCUUUCGAUCUUAUUUUGGAUGUGCUAGAAACCCAAUGCCAUGUGCGGAGCAGGAAACCCUGGAAAGAAUGCGAAUUUAGAAGCCCACAUGAGACA